AUAUACAACUGAAGCAUCUUGUUUAUAAGAAACAGCUGUGUUCUGUGAGAUAUCGAAAGAAAAUUAAUAGGACGAUAAACAAGUUGGAUACAAAUCAGAUGUGAUAACAAAUUACAACUCGAAGAAUAUGGCAAAAUUUACCAUUGAAACUAAAGGCAACAUUUUCAACAACUCAUCUCAGAUUUGUCGUCUGUGCAUGAGUAAAGAAUCACUGAGUGAUAUGUAUAAGGAAUAUGGGCUACAUCAAUGGAUAGAGGACUAUCUCUCGAUCAUGGUGUCUGUUGAGGAUAACAUGAGCAAACUAAUAUGCGCUAUCUGUCGAACUCGGUUGACUGAAUUUCAUCAAUUUCGGAGUCGUUGUCAAGAUGUACAGGGUAUUCUGCUAUCCAUGAAUCGCACUAGUGGCAUUGAAACGGAACAUACUGGCGAACAACCUGUGAAAGACCCGGUCAUGAGCAAAGUCGAGCAAAGCGAUCUACCAGUCCAGUGUGAAGUGUGCUAUAAGGUGUUCAAGACCAAUAAGCAACUGUUUAAUCACAACAGAAUUCAUCGGCCGAAGAAGCACAAAUGCAUACAAUGUGGGAAGUCGUUUGUUAGACGUGAACAUUUGGAUAAACAUAUAAAGAUACAUGUGGAAAAAAUAGAGGAAAAGUCUGAGCAAACGGAUUCGACCAAAAUCUGUGUAGCGAUUCCAACUGCUGAUAUAGAACUCUCUGCUGAAGAACCUUAUCAUCCUCGGUUACCUGUACUGCAACCAAAUGCUGUAAAACUAGAGCCACCUGAUAAUGAUUCAACUGAUGUAGCUCAUCUAGAUCACCAAGAAAUCCAUACUGAAGGCAGACUAGUGGAAGACCUUGAGGAUAUGAUUGACAUAGAGGAAAUGAAAGUAGAAAAUCGUUCAGAUUCCGAUGAAGUAACACCGAGUGACGCGCCAAAAGAUACAAUUUCAACUAAGGGAAAAAGCGUUGAAAAGUUGUUCAAGUGCGAUUUAUGCCCAAAGUCGUUUAGGCUCAAAUGUAGACUAGGAUUCCACAAACAGUACACACACGGCACAAAGCAACACGAGUGUCCUAUUUGUGGAAGGCCGUUUGGAUUUCGGCACCAUAUGGAACAGCACAUCCGAACGCACGAAUCAAUUCAAGAACGCCAACGACUUGAUACAGAACAGGGCAAUUCCAGACCAUUCCAGUGCGAUUUGUGUCAGAAGACAUUCAAAGCCCAGAAAGCACUAGCGCACCAUAAGCGAUACAGGCAUGGACCGAAAACGCACGAGUGUCACAUCUGCGGUUUCCAGUUCACGUUGGCGUGUCGCUUGGCAAAGCAUUUACGAAGUCACAGUCGAAGACGCGAGAGCAAAGAAGAUUUCCAAAAGGAUACAGCAAUAAAACUAAAAUAAAACCGAGGAACAGGUUAAUGGAAACAUCUUUUAUUGGCGGUUCGAUAAUAUGCUAACUAGUUAGACAUAUGAAACUAACAACACUCAUGUAACAUGAUAUGAAGGCCAUACUGUGUACUAUGUAUUGCGCUAAAGUAAAUGUCCACUUUAACGA